AUGGACUCGACGACAUACCGAGAAGAGCUGCAGCUCCAAGAGCAAGUACCUCACACAUCAACCACGAAGUUUGCAUGUAAAAAGUGUCGAUCUAUUCUAUUCACAAGCGACCGUCUGAUGCCGCACGAACCGGAGCAGCAUCAGAUCUCCACGCGUCGAAAACUCAAGGAUCUGAGACACCACCACCUUAGCAGCCACGUCGACUGUUCUUCGUAUUUCCUAGAAGAGACGCUGCCGUGGAUGGACGAAGCGCUGCUGGCCGAGGGCAAAAUACACUGUCCCACAGUCAAGUGUCAGUCACGGCUCGGGGGGUUACAGUGGUCAGGCUCUCAGUGUUCGUGUGGUACGUGGAUUACACCUAGUAUCAAGAUUACCAAGAGCAGAGUGGACACGGUAAACGAGCAGAGCAAUGCUGGUAUUGUGACGGGCGUGCUGCUGCAUCAUGCUUCGGGGUGA